AUGUUCCUAUUACGCUCAAAAAAGCAUGAAACAGUAUUUAAAAAGACGCCAUACGAACAAGCGGCUCUCAUUAAGAGGCUAAAUUAUGAAGAAGAGAGAAAGUACCGCGAGCAGCUGGUGCAAUUGGACGAAGAAUGCAUGGCCCGAAACCGGUACUCCAACAUCCUGCCCUACGAGGCAAAUCGAGUGCACUUGGAGCACUGGGGUCUCGAUUGUGACUACAUCAAUGCCUCGUACAUUCAAUUUGAUGGCCAGAACGCCUUCAUUGCUACUCAGGGGCCGACUAUGGCUACGGUAGAGCUAUUUUGGAUGAUGGUGUGGCAAUCCGUUCGAGAGAAGGGCAUCAUUGUCAUGUUGACAAGAUUAGAGGAGAAGGGACGCCUGAAAUGUGACGAGUACUGGCCAUCCAAACCCAUGGAGACUCUGAAAAUGAAGUCCCUGAGCGUAAAACUGAUGAGAACGUAUUUCAUUGAUGAUAUGAAUCGACACGUUGUGCACGAAUUCCUCUUGCAAUGCGGCGGGAAGAAAAAAAUCGUGCACCACAUCUACUACUUUGCAUGGCCAGACUUUUCAGCUCCUGAAAUGGAUUCAUUUCUAAACAUUUUGCAGUUUGUGCGCGAGUUGUUGCAGCUGCCCGCGUUCAAAGGAUCUCCGGUGAUUGUUCACUGUUCGGCCGGCUGCGGUCGUACGGGGACGUUUAUGGCACUGUUUCGCAUUCUGAAUCUGCUCGAGAAGAAUCAUUUUGAACUUGCAAGCGAUCCCAUUCCCGAGAUCGUUUCGGAAUUACGAUCCCAGCGAAUGCAAAGCGUUCAAUCUUUGCAGCAGCUUGAGUUUCUUUACUAUGUGAGUGCCAAAGUGUCUGUGCAUCAUCGACUGCCCCGAGUCGUCAUUACGACUCGGGGAACGCAUGGGGAUGAUUUCUCUGAUGACAUAAAGAAUGUCUCAUCACAAAGCGUUUCCCUCAUCAAAAGAAAGCCCUAG